CUAGUCCUGAAACCCAAGAUAGAAGGUGCACAGGAAGGACCAAUUUGGAGGAUCAAAGGCAAAUCCUCAACUGGAAAGCACUUGGGAUUCUUCUGUGUGGAUUAAGCAUCUAUAAGAAGAAACAUUGUUCAGAUUUCUGGAAGUUUAGAAUAACUAUGGCUGAAUGUUGCACCUUCCAUGUGGUUUUCAAGACUCUGCUCCUUGCUACAUUUCUUUUGGUAUGUUAUGGUCAAAGUAGUUCUGAGGAAAGUACUGGACCAUCUUGCUAUGGAGGUUUUGACCUGUACUUUGUGUUGGACAAGUCUGGCAGUGUUCUUCACCACUGGAGUGAAAUCUAUGACUUUGUGGAACAUUUAACAGAGAGAUUUAUCAGCCCACAGCUUCGAAUGUCUUUCAUUGUAUUCUCCACAAGCGGAACUACCUUAAUGCAUCUGACAGAUGACAGAGAACAGAUCAAGCUGGGGCUGGAGGACCUACAGAAAGUUCUCCCUGGUGGAGACACGUACAUGCAUGAGGGAAUUCAGAGGGCUAGUGAACAGAUUUAUCAUGAGAGUCACAAAGGAUACAGGACAGCAAGUGUUAUCAUCGCACUAACAGAUGGAGAGCUACAUGAGGAUCUCUUUUAUUAUGCAGAACGAGAGGCUAACCGAUCCCGUGAAUUGGGAGCCCAGGUGUAUUGUGUGGGGGUUAAAGACUUCAAUGAGACGCAGCUGGCUCGGAUAGCUGACAGCAAGGACCAUGUCUUUCCUGUAAAUGGAGGAUUUGAGGCUCUUCAUGACAUCAUAGGUUCAAUCCUAAAGAUGUCCUGUAUAGAAAUUCUAGCUGCGGAGCCUUCCAGUAUAUGUGCUGGCGAUUCCUUUCAAGUGGUCGUGAGGGGGAAUGGAUUCCGAUAUGCCCGAAACGUCCAUCAAGUUCUCUGCAGUUUUAGAAUCAAUGAUACUUCUCUCAAUGAGAAGCCCCUUGUUGUAGAAGACACAUACCUGCUGUGCCCUGCACCUGUUCUAGAAGAUGUUGGCAUGACAGCUACCCUCCACGUCAGCAUGAACGAUGGCCUGAGCUUCAUCUCCAGUUCCGUCAUCAUCACCAGCACUCACUGUGCUGAUGGGACCAUCUUGGCUAUCGCUCUGCUCAUCUUAUUUCUCCUCCUGGUUCUGGCCCUGCUGUGGUGGUUCUGGCCCCUGUGCUGCACUGUGAUGAUCAAGGCACCUCCCCCACCACCAGAAACAGACAGCGAGGAGGAUGAGGAGGAUGGUUUGCCUAAGAAGAAAUGGCCUACAGUGGACGCAUCUUAUUAUGGAGGACGUGGAGUUGGAGGAAUCAAAAGAAUGGAGGUGCGUUGGGGGGAGAGAGGUUCCACUGAAGAAGGCGCUAAGUUAGAGAAAGCCAAAAAUGCUAAGGUGAAGAUGCCAGAGCAAGAGUAUGAGUUUCCUUCUCCGAAGAUUCUAAACUCCAAUUAUGGGAAGGGGAACUCUUCUAGAAAGUGGUACUCCCCAAUAAAGGGCAAACUCGAUGCUCUCUGGGUUCUCCUGAGAAAAGGAUACAGUCGGGUGUCGAUAAUGAGACCACAGCCUGGAGAUAAGGGAAGAUGCAUCAAUUUCACAAGAGAAAAGAAAUCAAUGCCACCGAGAUAUCCAUUAAACAAUGCUUCUCAUAAUUCACCUUCAUCCAGUCCAAUCUAUACCCCACCCCAUAGUCCAAUUUACACCCCUCCUCCUCCAAUAACUCCACCAUCUCAACCAACACAUUCUCCUCCACCUGUUCCAUCUCCAACAAUCUGCCUUCCACCUCCACCCCUGGCUUCACCUCCUUGCAGAGCUCCACCGCCCAGCAGACCUCCACCUCGACCUUCACUUUAGACCUUUUAUCUCCAGUAUAGCUGGGGAUUCAUUUUGAGAAAUUUUUCAUCUUGAAUGGAUGUGAUGUUCUUUGGAACACCUUUGUCCAAAACCACUUACCUAAACAAUCGUUUUUAAACAUGUCGAGUUGUGGAUUAAUCCAUACUUGGAAACUCCAGCAUUAAUUGCCAUCUCCAUUUGGUCAGCUAUUGAAACCAUUGAUGAAUUGGGCUGACUAAAGAAGAAUAAAGUGAAUUCCCCACCCCACCACCAAAAAAUGUAAUUAGCAAAGAAGCAACUCGUCUAGCUUUCCUAUAGCUUUACUAUGAGAGACAUCUUUGCUGAGGAUCUUUUGGACUAGUGAAAGAAAGCUUCAUGACCCUAAUAAAUGUACAAUGGAAGUUUCUAUGUGUUUAACUAUUUAAGUCAACUUGAAAAGCAUUGAUACAUUUCCGUACUAAAAUAUGUGGGGUGUUUUUUUAUGGAGAAAAAUUAUUGCCAAAAAAAAACUGCAUCAACUAUUGACCACUAUGGAUUGAUGAGACAGUUCUGAAGAUAAAUCAAGCUAAUUCUUAUCACUUGAUACAUUGGAUUCAAGCUGUUCCUUGUACAAAGAACCGACAGCACCUACAGGCCAAUUUCAACAAUAAAGUAGACUGCAGAAGAUGUCAUUGGUUUCCUGGUGGAUCGCAAUGAGUUAUGAAGACGCCGGAGUUCUUCUUAAAUUCUUCUUUCAGGGUAUUGAAAUGGCUGUCACCUGUAGGUGUGCACACAAUUAACCAACAUGGAAGAUUUACAGUGUUUCAUCUUCGUAUUCGGCUUCUGUUGAGGCUUCAAUGGAAAUAUAAAGUGAAAAGUAUAAAAUCCCACCAGAGAAAGGGAUUAUAUUCCAUAUGGAAAUUUAUGAGAUUGAACAGCAGAAGGCUGGACCUUUGCAAUGAAAAAAAAAACUGCUAUAGCAGAGUCUAUGAAAGAUUACUUUAGAGCUUCGCAAUGCGUUGCCGAGCCCUCUGUACAGAGGAAUCAUGGGUUAACCAAUAUUAUGUAUACACUUACAUUGUCUUUUUGAAAUAGCCGUAACGUAGAAAAUAUUGCUUAUUGUAGUAUAAGGGGCACUGGGCGUUGCUUAUAGGGGUCAUUUCUUGUUUAUUAUCUGCUUCCUUCUUGGAACUCACAAUUCCCAUUUUUACAUGUUCACUAUUAUUUUACACAGAUGGCUGCCAGUUACAGAAAUGAUUGUGUUUAAAGGGGUAUUCCAGGAAAAAACUAAUUUUUUUUUAUAUCA